CACCCCCACCAAGGAAAAAAAGCUGCUGCUAAGAUUUGUGCUUUUAGCAACCAAAACUGAAACAGACCGUACAGAAAGAAAUGUUGCGCAGCAACAACAGCACAUCACCGCUUUGUUCUUUCGGGUCACCUUGGCCUGAUCUUAACGACGGCUUGUUCUACAACGACGUCGUCUCCACCUCCUCCGAUUCUGGAUUGACUCUGAUACACUUCUACUCUUCCAAGUACAAGAAUUCUGCUCCCUUACAAGGAGGAUACACAAUGGACAGGUUCACCCUCCACCAAAAACAAAGAAAUGAUAACAAUCGAUGGUGAAGUUGUUAAAGAGCCCAAAGCAAUCCUUAGGGAUGGUAUGGAAUUGGUGUACCAUAGGCUUCCAUGGAGAGAGCCCGAUGCUCCUUACUUGCUUCAAGUUUUAUAUGAAGAUGAUGAUAUGAUUGCUUUGAACAAGCCACCUGGUCUUCAAGUUUUACCUGGAGGGCUUUUCCAGCAACGCACUGUUUUAAUGCAACUCCAGUGGAGGGCAAGCAAGGGCAGCUCUUCCCUAGCAAUCCAAGGAUCACAUCCUGUUCCAGUUCAUCGCCUGGGAAGGGGUACAUCAGGAAUACUACUUUGUGCAAAGACAAAGGUAGCCAAAACUAGCCUUGCUGCAUAUUUUGCUGAUGGGACAUCCCUUAUUGGAGACAGCAGCAAUGCCAACAUGGAGAAGAGCAAAACGAGGAAGAUUUCAAAGGUAUACCGAGCACUAGUGAAUGGGAUACUGAAUCAGGAUAAGAUUAUCAUCAAACAGCCAAUUGGAACAAUGCGUUACCCUGGAGUGGCCAAAGGGCUGUAUGUUGCUUCACCCUCAGGUAAACCAGCUUUGAGCAAAGUUGAAGUCCUUGAAAGAGAUUCACAACUGAACCAAACAUUAGUCCAGGUCGAGAUUGAAUCAGGACGGCCACACCAAAUUCGCAUUCAUCUUUCUUUCAUAGGGCAUCCUUUGCUGGGUGAUCCUCUGUAUGAUGUUGGAGGGCAACCAAGGUGCUUUGAUUCUGAACAUGAGGAUGAGAGUUUUGCUGAAGACGGAGGAUAUGAGAGGCCAGCAAAACCUGUUCCUGGAGAUUGUGGCUACUACUUGCAUGCACAUCAAUUGGUUCUCUCGCACCCACACCCAUCCAAAAAUGAGCAGGUAAUAAAAAUUACAGCACCUCUCCCAUCCAUCUUACGUACACAAGCAGAAACCGAAGAAUUGAUGUGAAAUAGUUCUGUUGUGAGCAUUGCAAUCAACUGGCUGGCAAAACAUGAAGGUGGUAUAGGUGACUAAUUUAAUGGCUAACUCUUUCCUGCUGUGGUUCGAGCAAAGGUUGAAACGCAUAAUAGAAUCUAUUUUGAAUCACUAACCUGCCAUCUUCGUUGUUAAACGUUUCUUUUCUUUGCAUGAGUUGAACAUUUUCCACCAAUAUUGGACCUUUCAAGUCAUAAACCCCAUUAUAGUUGAGCCGCCGUCCA